AUGCUAGUGACCACUGAAGGGCCCAUGGCGCCCAAUAUUUCAGCCUGUAUCAAUUAUAUGAGAACGGUAGUUUUCCAAAAAGUCAUAAUCUCAAUUUUUCUCAGAUUUGGUCCGACGAGAAAUUCUUCGCCUCGGAUCCAUUCGUACCUCCAGUACCUUGGCAAGAACAUCUUUAUUCAUCGGAGAAGACGCUCAAUAUUGGAUUCUAUACAUUUGAUGGCUACAGUGAACCACCACCGGCUUAUCAGGUACUGUAGGGUGGAUACUGUAACUGGAAAUUAGGAGUAUCUUUUUUUUUAAAUGGAUCUUGAUUUUUUCCCUCGUGUAGUAGGUUGUCCAGUAAAAUUAAACGUCGAGUUUUUUCAACCGUAUAAAUAUUUUACGGUAAUAGUAAUCUUCCGGUGGCUUAUCAAGGACUGUAGGAAGGAUACUGUAAUGAGAAAUUGGAAUCAAAUUUUUCCCUCAAACUUGAUUUGUAACCAUAUGAAUAUUUCACGCCUAUAAUAGUUGGCGGCUAAUCAGGUACUGUAGGAAGGAUACUGUAACGAAAAAAUGAAAUUAUCUGUUUUAACUGGAUUCCAUGCUUUUCCCUCAGCCAGUAGGCUGUCCAGCAAAAGUCAAACUUCAUUUUUUGCAACCGUAUGAAUAUUUUACGGUUAUAGUAAUCUUCCGGUGGCUUGUCAAGUACUGUAGGAAGGGUAAUGUGACGAGAAAUUAAGAGUUUUUUUUUUCGUUUUGAAAUGGCUUUUCUGUCCUUUGCUUUUUACCUACCUUACCCAGCUCUUUUCAAACAAUCAGAAAACGAACUUGAAUUUCCGCCGGCUUAUCAGUUACUGUAGGGUGGAUACUGUAAUUGGAAAAAUGAAGUUUCUUUAUCCUUGCUUCUUUCCCUCACCUUAUCAGGUACUGUAAGAAGGGUACUGUAACGAUAAAAUGAAAUAAAACUUUUCAAAUGGCUUCUCUGUCCCUUGCUUUUGACCUCACCCAGUGCACUCUUUCGGGAACGGAUUUACUCCAAGCUUGGUCAAGGCUACAGUGAACCUGCGUCACCAGGUACUGUAGGAAGAAUACUGUAAGAGAGUUGGAAGCAUCGUUUGCAAACUUGUUGAUCUUGAGCUUGUGAAACGUCAGCAUAUUGAUAAAAAUGGAGCUGUGGACGGCGCGCUGCUUUUUCCCUUUUUCCAGAUUUUCUUUUGAUUUUCCCCCUUUUUUUCCUUUUUUGGUCAUUAUAUCCGAUGCUAUUUUCCCUCGGCUAUUUUAUGUUGUCUUUUCAGGGCUCUCCGAGCUGAUUUACCUUUUUUUUUUGUUUUUUUCAAAGUUUUUUUUUGUUCGUGUCUGGAUUCUUGGCUACUGUCCCGUGUCGAUUUUAUCCGAUAAAUGCGAGAAUUCCUAGUGGCUCCUUUAGGGUUUCUAAUUUUUAGUAGCGACCUUAGUGACCUCUCCAAGUAGUCCUUGAGGAACUUCUUGAGUGGCCACUUAAGUUUUCCAAGAAUAUCAAAAUUCAGCGAGCCGUCUUGGACACUGUAGCGUUGCUCCGAAGCCAAGGACACAAUUUAGUGGAAUUCCAAGUCCCAAGGCCGGCAGAAGCCUUUGAGCUUUUUGUAGCUUCUUCAACUGGAGAUGGUGGCACCUUUUUGAAGCAAAAACUGGACUUGGUUGGUUCUAUAACUAUAUUAUUGAUUUUAUCGAUUGAUUAUCGGACAUCGUACCGCCCGAAUGCUAUAUUGGAUCGCCGAUUACUCGAUUGCCCGUUUUCCUCCAAAAAAUCAUAAUCCAAUACAUUCCCUGGCCCAGAAUCAAGGCUGUACUGGAGGCUAUGCCCAAAAAUUGCGUUGGUAAGUUUUGCAACCCAAAUGGUCCCUUAAGGGGUUUUCCAGAGCUCCGAGAAACUUUCGCCAAAAUCGAGGAGUAUCGUCACGACUUCGUGAGAGCCAUGCGACGUCAGAAUCUCGACGCGAUUGUUUGCCCGGCUUUUGUAAGUUUUUUGGGGUUACGGGGAAUUAGUGAUCACUUUAGGGUUUCGCGGAAAGGUAGGAGGGCUUUUUGAAAGCAAAUUUUGAGGGAUUUUUAGGUGCGUAAAACAUCCCGAAAUUGGUUUUUUUAAAUUUUCCUCGAAGGGGUCACUUAAGAAGCUGGUUUUUGAAGAGAUUACUGUAACCGUCAAAGAUUCUGGAAGCGUCAAGAUUUGCAAAGUUCAAUUUUCCUAAACUUCUUUGUUAUUUUCAUAUUAAUUUUUUUAUAUUUGAGACUUUUUGAUAGAUAUUUUCAGCUCGUCUACAAAGUGAAAACUUUUUCUCUGCUGAUAAUAUUUUUUUUAAACUACGGUAGGUGCUCAUUGUGCAAACACGCUGACGCUUUUUUUGUUGAACGUUUUUGCAAUUUUUAGAGGCUUUCCCGUGUAAAAAAUGUUCAUUGAAUGUUUUUAGAACUCGAGAAUUCGAAAAUUUCAUUUUGGAAGUAAUUGCGCUCCAAUGAACAGUUGAUUAUUAAUCGUGCUUUGGUAAAACGAAACGGACGUUUCUGCGCAAUUCUAGGGAUCACAUAAGAGUUCUGACGAUACUAAAGGGGUCACUAAAAAGUCCCCCGACAAGUCCGAUUCGCGUUUUGAAUGUUUGAGUUGAAGGAGUGAUCACUUCAGGGAUUUUUCAGCAAAAACUGAAUAAUUUUAUUCCUAGCCACAUUUUGAGGCAACAUCAUGAAACUCAUCCCUUAAAUGACCACUUAAGACUUUUUUUUGCAGGGAAGCAUCGCUCCACACGUCGGAAAAGCCAACGACAUGAUCUCCGCCACGUGCUACACGUCACUUUACAAUUUAAUUGAUUUUCCGGCGGGUUCGUUAUGAAAAAUCAAUAAUUAAUCGAUAUAUUGGUUUCCAGGAGUUGUCCAAGUGACCCGAGUUUCGAAGAAAGAUGAGUCGGAAGUUAGAGAGAUGCCAGACGUGGACAAGUGGGCGAAGAUGACCCGCGAUGAGUGCAAUGUUCGUGUUUUACAGAAAAAGAAAAUUGAAGUGGUCCCUUAAGAGUUUAGAAAAUGGGCGCUCCAUUUUUGAGAGUUCUCGUUCAAAAAACUCGUGGAAAUGAUUACUGUCAAUGUAAUUUGAGAAGUGAUCACUUUGGUGAAAAAUUUAUUGAUUUUGCGUUCAUUAGAACUAAUUCUGCCAAAAAAAAAAGACAAAUAAAUUGGAAAAAAAGAUUAGCUUCAUUUUCAGCUUUUGGAAGUUUCAGUUAUAGAGAAAAAAUUUAAAAACGAGAAAAAUUUGCCUUUCUGUCAACUAAAUGUAGAAAAUAAAAGAUUUUUUGAUCAUUUUCAAAAUUUUCUAACGCCUCAACAAUUUUUUUUCAAGGCUGAAGUGGCUGCUUAAGAGGUCAGGGAUUGCCUCUGAAGUGGCUACUUGAAAUUUAAAACUUAAAAGAGCAAUUUUUGAUACUUUGACUACUUCUAACUAAACUUUGCUCAAGUGACCACUUUAUUUAUCGUCCCUAUAGCCUGGAAAUCAAUGAAAAGGAAAAGAAGCGUUGUGAAAGGCCACUAAAGUGAUUUACUGUGACCUCUUAAGUAGUCCCUCAGAUUUAAAAAAAUUUAAGUGAAAAUUUCAUUGUUCUGCCCGGACCUCGGUAUGCCUGGCGUUUCUGAACAAAUCUAGGGAUCACUCAAGAGUCCUGAAGUCCCUUAAGUGGUCACUAGAAAUGCCCGAUUCGAGUUACCAAGGUCCGAGUUCGGAUCGAGUUUAUUAGUAGUUGAAGCUUAAGUGAGCACUUAAGUGUAUUUUACCCCCUUGUCUACAAUUCAUGUCCUUCUGGUGAUCUCCAAAACAAUUUUUGAGAUUUUUCCAGAAUUCUGUCGGCCUCCCGAUCUCGGUCCAAAUCGCCGCACCGCCUUUCCGCGAGGAACUUUGCCUGCGACUCCUUCGAGACGUUGAAAAGACUUCAUAA